AUGACACCCCGGCAUACCCGCCCCCGCGACCAAUCCGGCGCGUCCUCCCAACCCCAACCCGCAGCCAUCCAACCCUCCGACUACGAAUCCGACGUCUACGACGUCCCGCCGCCCACCACACGCAGCAACACGGAACUGAACCUCAGCGUGCUGCGCCGGCACUGCGCGUCCAUCAGCACCAUCCUCUCGAUCGCGCCGUCGGCGCAGAUCUAUACAUAUGUGGGUGGGGGUUGGAACAAGACGGAUAUCGAAGGGACGUUGUUUCUGUGCCAGACUGGCGGUGGUGGUGGUGAUGGUGGUGGGGUUGGGUAUGUGGUAGUGGUGUUGAAUCGGCGGGGACUGGAGAACCUGGUUAUCGAUCUGGGGAUGAUUGAGAACGUGGAGGUGACGGAGGAGUUCCUGAUGGUUGGG